UAGCUGUAUUCAAAAUGGCGGACGAUGCGGGAUGACACGACUGCGGCUAGUACUAGACGUACUAUAGUUUCCACUCAUUUUACGAGACAACGUGUAGUGCGAUUAACACACUUACCAUUUAUUUGAUAUCUGAUGGAUGAAAGAAUGACUAGCAAGAAUCUUCGCUGGGUCAGUUGUGUUGCUGCUAUGAGUACAAAUCGCGGAAUUGGAAACAAGGGCAGCUUACCUUGGCCCCCUCUGAGGUACACUUAAAUUUCACUUAUCAGAGUGUUGAUUUUAUCUGCCACAUUUCUUUACUUAUCACCGUGCGUACGUUCAAAAUUCUUAAGUAAGCAUUCAAGUUUUUUUUUUUUUUUUCCAACCGAUUUCCGCAAAAUCCCACCCUACGAUAAACAAAAGUCCUUUUUUAUCGAGUACCCUUACGCACAUUAGAGACCUUAAGAUCGAGGUAUUUCGUUAGUUCCGGCAAACCGCGAACGUGGAGAAGUCACUUGAUUACACUUGUGCCUUGCCGUCAGGUUUGCUGUUUGAGGUUCACGUUUGUACGGCUAGACCACGCUUUAGAAAUAACUGAUUUUUCGCAAGGGUUUUUGCACCCUAAAACUUCACAAUCCCACGUUUGAAAGGGUAUAUUGCCAGAGAUGCCAAAUUUUGUACAGUCCUUUCCUCUAUAAUACAGACUUCCCUCUAUUACAGAUGUUCACCAUAGUCCCUGAGGAAUAAAAGUCUUGGAAACAAACACCCCCACCCCCCUCCGCCCCCCUCUCCUCAUUCGGCCAGGCCAAGUUUGAUUCCCGAUUUUGAUUGUGGUUAGGGUUGAUAACUGACAAUACUGCUGACUGUACUGAUUUGGUUAUAAUGAUUAACUUUCAUUACUGUUAGGUUUGUCACUAGAGGUGUGUUUAUAUGAAGGUUAAGUCACAGGAAAGCAAAUUGAUGGUGCCUAUACUAGAAUGCUCCACACAGCACUGAACAUUUCUUGGAAGGACCACAUUACAAAUUAAGAUCUGUAUGAUCACCUCCCAAAAUUUUCUGGCAAGAUUAGGGAAAGGAGAAUGAGGGUAGCUGGGCAUUGCGUUCUAAAAGACACAAAAAGGAGGAGGUUUUGAAGCUUGUGUUGUGGCAGCCACAACACGGACAAACUAAGUUAGGAAGACCUAAGAGCAUAAACAUACUGUCAGAGAACUCAGAAUGGUAAUGCUAGACCAAAUUGACUGGUGAAGGAGAAUCCAUGUUGUGUAAGCUGGUGCUCAACCAAACUAACCAACUAACUAACUAAGUCACAUGAAAAGCUUGAGGGGGGGACAAGGCAGCACAUAAAUUUGGUGUUACCUCUUUAACAAAGAAACGUCUGUAAUGUGGACACUUAGCGGAGAUUCCAACCCUCCCUUUUUUGGUUUUGGCCAAUAUUUACGGCCUCCCAUUUUCCGGGCGUCCUCGUUUUUGAAACUCUUUCAUUUCUUUGUAUAGCCAGUCUUUUUAGCAUGCUUCUUUGCCAUUUUCCUGUGGUUUCUCAGCCAUUUUUUCCCUUUUGGCUUCCAACCAUGAGCCUGCAAUAAUUUUGGGUGCAGUUUUUCCAUUGACUGUGAUCUCAAAAUACAGGAAAUGGCAUCUUAGAGGCAAUAUCUUAACAUUUUUCUCGGGGGAACAUGCCCCAGCACUCAUGGGAGCAGCUAUACCACUCCUGAAACCUCCCCUUUUUUUAGUUGACUUAGCUCUGCCCCUCAGUGUUCUUAUUGAUGAGGUAUGAUUGUUUGACACAUUGUAGUUGAAGCCAGUUUUAAAUUAUUAUUAUAUUAUGAUCAUCAUCAUCAUCAUCAUCAUCAUUUCUUUUCUUCAUCUCUUUUUUUUAAUGCAGAACUGAUUUGAGGUUUCUAGAGAAGAUAACUACUGAAGUUAAAGAUAAAGGUGUGCUUAAUUUUUUUUUAAGAACAAACUAGUUGGAAUCAAACAAACCUACAAUAGGAUUAUUGCGUCAGGGUUAAGGUUAGGUUUGUUGCAUUAGGUGUUCUUUUUUUGUUUGAUGAAUUUGUAUUGAAAAUGCCUUGAGGCUUGAAUGUGUUGGUGAAUUUGAACUGUUGUACCUGUGCAGCUUGACAUUGUGGUGAUUUGUUUGUGUCAAUAAUUUUCACAUAUAUUAUGCCAUAAGCUUGUGUGAAUUUGUAUUGCUUUUAUGCCUGUGGGGUGUGCCUGCAUGGCCUAGUUCUGUUGUUUUAACUAAUGUAGAUAUUUUGUUUUGGUAGUUACAGUAUAAUAUUAAUUGUUAUGGUGGCACCACUACACUGCCUGAGGUGGUUUGCUUGUAGUGAUACAUGUAAAUGGCAGUCUGUGGAACCCCGCCUUAUGACCACCCCGUUUAUAUGACCACCUCGUUAUUAAGACCAGAUUCUUUUGACCCAAAGGUAAAAAUCACAGAGUCAUUUUAUUAUUUUGAAGAACCUGUUAAUGCUGCCACCUUGUUAUUAUGACCAGGCUUUUAUAACCCAACGGUGGUUUGUAUUAACAGGGUUCCACUGUACUAACAAUUCCUGUACAGGGUUUUGCUUUUGGGGGUUUUUGGAAAGGAUGGUAUGUGGUUUGUUUAUAGGGGAAGAAGUUAGAGAUUUGUGUAUGGAAUCAAUGUAUAAUAACUGGAGGAGUUGUCAGUGAGUUUUGUAUCGGUGUGCGACAAAUGCAGACGGCAGACUUACAGACUGGCAGGUAAACGAGGUGGAUAUUGUUGUGAAAUGCUUUAACAGAUUCCCUAUCCCUAAACUUUAAGUCUUCUAAAAGUCUAGUUUAGGGAUAGUGAAUUUGUUAGAGCAUUUCACAACAAUGUUUACCUCAUUUACCUGCCAGUCUGCAAGUCUGCAGUCUCCGUUUGUCGCACACUGGUUUUGUAUCUGUAAAGUAACAACUACAAAUGUGAAAACACGAUUUGCACUACUAAUGAUUGAUACACUGGGGGUUAUGUGAAUAAGACUAUAAAAAAGGUUACACAUGUUCCCUUUGAGCACUCAGCUCUUUCUAUGGCUGUGAAAGUAAAAGUCUAGUGAUCUACCAUCCCACUAACAAUUAAGUGGGGGUUGUAGAUCCUGCCCAUUGCUACUUUCUCCUGGCCCAAGGUAUAAAGCUAUAUUCUCCAAUUAUUAUCAUGUCAUGGAUAACAAUACCUAGGGUAGAAAAUAUCACUAUCUUUAUUUUCCUGACAUUUGUAUGUUGAUUUAACCUUUAAGUAUGGUAUUACCCAGAGGUAAUGUAAAAAACAAAUAUACACCAUCUAGGUUUGGGUCUGCAGUGCGUAAUUUUCGUGAUAGCUUUUUGGUUGUUUUUCCUAGACAAAUGGAAUGCUGUAUUAUUAGGGAGAAAAACAUGGGAAUCUCUUGGAGCUUCUAACCAACCCCUCACUGGCAGACUAAACAUUGUCAUCAGUAAGUCGUUAAAGUAAGUAAACUGUUAUCCAAUCUAUCACUUACUCUAUUUGUUCAUACAUUCAUUUAUCAGGACUCUCAAUAAGGACCAGAAUCUCCCUAAGGUACAAGGAACGUGACCCUAGCUACUUUUGGAGGGAAAUACAACAAAGAAGAACCAAAAGAAAUCUGUAGUUGUUUGAUUCCCAGCCUAGUUGUUGUAUUUACUCAGCUACUUGAAAUCUUAGUGACAGCCCUGAAUUAUAACCAGUAAACGCUAUUUUGAUGAAUGAAAAAGUUAAUUUAAUCACCAACGGUAGAGCAUGUAACUAUUCAGUAACUAGUAACUUAAUGACAGUCAGAAAUCUCGGUCCGUAUUAUAUUUUUUAGACUUUCAAAAAAUUAUAGAUUGGACUAGUUUACUGAUAGUAUACGUUGUGCCUUAGUGCGAAAUUAAUUUUUUAUCCCAUUGUUAAUUAUGAAUUUUUAAUCCAAAUUUACAAGGUAAAAUUAUACUUCUGACCAUGCUCUUAACUUGCACAUCAUCUCAUUAUUUUCUGUCCUUGUUUGUCAGGAGUCCUCCAUCUGGUGCUCAUUAUGUUUGUGACAGUGUUUUGUCGGCAGUUCAGAUGCUUUCUGCGCCUCCUUUCACCAGCACGGUAGAAAGAAUACUUGUUCUUGGUGGAACUGAUGUGUAUAAGGUAAACAGUUGUACUGCAUGUUCAUGUGAUUCGAUAUACACUGUACCACUGCGUUUAGAGAGUGUUUAGAAUUGAGCUAUUUAUUAGCCUUCAUAACAGGCGCCCGCGUUUUUCGGGAGAACAAAGCAAGAAGCAGGCGAGGAGCGUGAGACACACGCGAGAGGGGAAGGCGCGGAAAAAAUAACUUACUUUUCUGCGCCUUCCCCCUUCGCGCGCGUCUCCCGCUCCUCGCUUGCUUCGCGUUUGCAUUCGUUCGUUCUGAAGGGUAGCUAUUUACAGACAAACCCUCGCAUCGAUUGACACUCAAUGUAUGUACAUUUGCAUCUUACAAACCACUAGCAACCACUCAUUUCAAAAAGCUGGCUCACUAACUUACAACAAACGGUGCUUACAAACGUUACAAAGGUCUUAUUGACAAGCUGAAGCAAAACCGACAAUGGUAGAAUAACUGUACAACCCACUUUAUUAUGACUAACAAUAACGACAGCAUUACUAUGACAAAAGACGAAUCGAAGUGCACGGCUACUUAUAUCGAGAGUCUUCAUGGCCAAUAACAUACGGCUUAACUGAGAGACGACCAAUAAUAUUGCGACUUAAUUCGCCAAUCAGGUCAAUAAACAGCUUUAAAUACCAUCAACCGAUGUGAUACAACUCACUUUGAGUCUGAAGAUGCCUACCGCACAGGUUGUCGAAAAUAUGUAAGAAAAUGUCAACAGCAAUCCUAUUCAGGACUACAUCUACCCGGACGAUCAUAUCCAACCUAUUUAUGACCUACUGUGUCUUAUACUUUAUUGGUCAAUGGCAGCCGCACCUUGCGCGCAGAGUUUCCUUUUGCCUGUUUCUUUAUUAAGUGUGGAAGCCCUCUCUUUGUGGAGAUUGCGCUUAAAUUAAAAUCUAACAGGUUUUCUCCAAAUUGGCCCUCUCGACACUCGAAAGUGGGAAAAGAUUCUUUGUUUUACAAAAAGAAAGAUUCUUCUUGCACAAUACGUAGUGAUUUGCGAUAAUUUGAGAAUACUCGAAAAAACUUUACGUCAAAUCUAACAGGUUACCUCCAAAUUGGAGGAGCAGAUAGCUAAUGAAGAUAAGGGAUAGAAAAUUGCUAUCUUUGCCUUUUUUCGUAAAUUAAAAGACAGUGGCACAGCUGGGAGAUUGUCCCGAAAAUUUCCAUAUUUGGCCUCGAAGAUAAUUUUUCGGCAAAUCACUGUAACUGUUGAUGAAAAACAGUAAACUUGAACAUUGCGUUUUGGUGUUUCCUGGCACUGCAUUUGCCACCAAAGUAUUACCUAAACAGACUUCUUCAAAACUACGUUCGGUCCGUUACCACAAAUGAAGGUUAACCCGUCGCUCCUAGCCUGAAUUUCAUCCGAUUACUUCGAGUCGUUUUCUCCUCUCAGCAACGUCUGAAUCGACCGACCGUUAAUGGCGUCCAGUGACGUCACUACUACCCGAAAACCGGGUAGUGAUUUUGAUUGGUUGAUUGUCUAAACAUUCGCAUAAUUAUGCAUAGUUAUGAGAAAUUUUAGCGGGAUUGUCGUUCGAUAUUCAGCGGAUCACAUCCCUGGUAUGCUUUCGUGGAGUUCAAACAUUUCGAUAAUCUUUAUCGUAAACAGCAAAAUUGCCCUCGUCUUCGAAUUGCACUGAAAUGCUAAAUUGAACUGCGAAUGAAGAAUCAUUGCGGAGAGUCGGUAGAUUUUUCAUUUAGAGCCGCUUUGCGGUUUCGGCAGUGAUUUUGUUUAUGCGAAGUUUCUGAGACCAAUGUUGUAAUUCGACCUUCUAGCUAUUUUCACCAUCAAGUGUAAUGAUUCUGUUAGCUUUUCUUUCUUGUUUCCUUGUUUGCUUUUUUCUUCGUUAAGGACCAAAUAGCUUCUCUUCAAUUAAAGGAAAUCGUUGUGUUUUUGAACUAAGUGUUCCGUGUCUGUAUUUAUUUCAUUGCGUGAUUGCGACCGAGUUCGAUUAUGGAAUUACAACCGGUUCAUGCAUGCAGUUAAUAGUUUGAACGUUAAACAAGAACUACCAUCGAAGAAAGUAAAGCAAUUCUGUAUCAUACCUGAUGCAGACAAUUCCAAACGAUAUUUCUUGGUUUUCCACUUGAAAAUCGUGUUUUUUAACUUUUUGCAUGAAUUAAAGCAAAGGAGUAGUGACGUCACUGGACGACAUUAACGGCCGGUUGAUUCAGACGUUACUGAGGGAGUAAUAACGACUCGAAGUAAUCGGAUGAAAUUCAGGCUACGUCGCUCCUAGACUUUUCCAGAAAAAAAAAUCAAGCGCCCUUUAAAGUUUCAGCCUCUUUCUGAUUAUAUACUUAUGCUUCGUACCUGGUCCAAAAAUACAGCUUUUAUAGUUUUGUAUACAGUGGGGUGUCGGUAUAUUUUACAAAAGAUUAUUUGUAUCAAAUUGCAUUGUUUUUUAUUCUUCAGGAAGCAAUCGAAUCACCCUUCUGUCACCGAAUAUAUUUAACUCGUAUUAAUCAAGAAUUUGAAGCAGAUGCAUUCUUUCCCAUGUUUGAUGAAAAUGUUUACAAACUGAUAAGGUAUUUGUACUGUUGGUGUCAUAGAUUAGCACAGUGGUUGACCGAGAUCUCGCCCACCACCUCCCUCCAUUUUUUAGAGGGCGGGAAUUCAUUUAACCGUUUUCUUUCGAUCAAACAAUGCGAUUUACUGAGACGAGAUAUGAAUGAAAGUAAGGUCAACAACAGAAGACUUUUUUGUGAGUUUUUACCCAGUUAAAUGCUUUCUGGUUAUUGUAUUUGAAUAAUCGCAAAUUUUUCUGCUUCCGUCCAUGCUAUCACGAAUUGUGUCCCGUUUUUUCCUGUGGCAUCUGUGCUGUUUCGUAGACAAUUUAUCGUUGUUCAGAAAAAUUCGUUUCGAAGACUCGAAAGCUUUAAACUUUUAUUAAAAAGAUAAACAGCGUUCGUUUUCACUUAUGUGUGUAUUUCUGUUUUAGCAACCCUUCUGAAGUGCCCCAAGGCGUCUUCGAAGAAAAUCAAGUACAGUAUAAAUUUUGUGUUUAUGAAAAACAGUGUUGAAUACGAGGCAAAGAAAACGAGGGCGUACGAUAAAUGACAAUUUCGAGAGACAGAAAUAACAAUUUUAAACUUAGUUUUACCAUGAGACUACUGAGCUCCAUACAUCUCUUGCAAACUAUUUUGGACGAACUUCUUACUGGCAACAAUAGGUUGUGCGAUGAAAGCGUUCUUUCAAUUCCAGUUCUUUGUUGCAAACUUGAUUUCAAAUAAGCUAAGUUCCAUUUAAAAACAAAGUAUCCCCUUUCUUUGCAUAAAUAUUUUUUUUGCAACCGUUGCAAACAGUAUUCAUCAGCAAAUAUUGUCUCAAGUAUUGUCACGUGAGUUAUAAUGUGUGUUUAGUCACGUGAUUACAAGUUACAAUAAAACAUAGGUAGUUCUUAAUCACCAUUUGUGUUGAGUGUUGUCCUCUGGCGUCUGAUACGGAUGACCUACUUAAUUUUUCUUGAAAGAUUCCCGCUCUGGGGGCGGAGCGAAGCUUGCAGUCACGUGGCCUUCCCGUCUUUCCUCCGCCAACCCCGUACCCCCGGGAGAGCUUGCUCGCAG